GACUUCAUGACUUCGCGCGCGCGACAAACGUCACGGCCCGCGCGGCCUCGCCCAACGGAGGGCGGCGCGCGUCGUUCUCCUGCCACCCGCGCCCGCCCCUGAGCAACGUGGCCGCCGGUGGAGUCGCGCGGCGCGGUCGUUGACACGCAGGCGCGUGCGCGUGCAAUCGCCUUCGCCGUGCGGUCACUCCGCCCAGCGAGCCAGGCCCCCCACCCCCUCCCCGGCUCCCACCCUCCCAACACCGCCAACACCACCACCCUCCCAUCACCGCCGUCGCCUCAUCGCUAACGCUACACCAUCACCGCCAACGACAACACCAUCGUCGCCAUGGCCAGCGCGACCAAGCCCGCCGCGGCGCACGGUCCGUGCGUGCUCUGCUGCCAGGAGGUGGACGUGUUCGCGUUGGGCAAGUGUGACCACCCCGUGUGCUUCCUGUGCUCCACCAAGAUGCGGGUGCUCAGCGAGCAGCCCUACUGCGCCGUGUGCCGCCUGGAGCUCGCAGAGGUGGUGUUCACGCACACGCUCGCCCCCUUCGCGUCCUUCGACACGAGCCGCAUGACUAUCGACCGGGAGCACGGCAUCUGCUUCGACUGCGAGGGCACGCGCGACAAGUACCGGAAGCUGCUGCUGCACGCGUGCCCGCGCUGCCCCGCGCUGCCGCCGUUCUCCACACUGCAGGAGCUGCAGAAGCACAUGAAGCAGCAGCACGAGUGCUUCCCGUGCGACCUCUGCCUGCGCCACCUCAAGAUCUUCUCAAGGGAGCGACGCUGGUACACACGGAAGGAGUUGGCGCAUCACCGGCGCACGGGUGACCCAGACGACCGCUCGCACCGCGGCCACCCACUCUGCCAGUUCUGCGACCAGCGCUACCUUGACAACGACGAGCUGCUCAAGCACCUGCGGCGCGACCACUUCUACUGCCACUUCUGCGACGCCGAGGGCACCAAUGAGUACUACAGCGACUACAAUUUCCUUCGGGAGCACUUCCGGGCGGAACACUUCUUGUGCGAGGAGGGCCCCUGCCAGGGCCAGGAGUUCGUCAAUGCCUUCCGCACCGACAUCGACCUGCGCGCCCACCGCGCCAGCGUGCACAGCCGCAACCGCGCCGAGGCCCGGCAGACACGGCAGCUGGAGCUGCAGUUUACGUGCCCGCUCCGCCGGCAUCUCCGCAACGACGGUGUGGUGACAAAUGCGGACUUUGAAGACGUGGAGCGAGAUACGAGGAGCAGGGGUCCACCGCGACGACCGAGACCCAGGGAAAACCGGGACGAGGGCCGGGAGUUGGUGAUGGCGCUGCGGGAGUCUCUGGGUGCCCAGCUGCAACAGCAGCAGCAGCAGUCGGCCGUGGCGGCGGCAGCAGCUGCUGCAGGAAGCGGAGCGGAGCAGACCGCGAAACGAUACUCUCCUUCAGGCGACAGGGACAGCCCGGAGCGGGCGCAAACGGAGGCCGAGGUGGGCACGAGGGUGGCAGUGACGGGAGACACGGCAGCCAAGAGGGUGGCGCUGGCGGCCGGUCAGACGGUGUCCAACGGGCCGCUCGCCCACGACGAGUUCCCAGCCCUGGGCGCUGUCGCCACCUCCACCAGCUUGGCGUCGGAGAGCGCGCACGCGCGUUCCAACAUGGCGGCCAAAAUGCACAAGUCUCAAAUCCGGGUGUUUGAUGAGGAGUUCCCGAGCCUGACGGGCUCCACGCCGGCCUUCGUGCCGGGCUUCGCCGGGCCACCCUGCCGAACCUUCGCCCCAACGCAGUCUCAGCCACAGUCGAAGCCCCAGCCUAAAUCCAGGGAGGAAGAGUUCCCUAGCCUUACGAAACGGCAGAAGGGCCCGCCGGUGAGAACACAGGGCCCGCCGCCUCAGGGCCCGCCGGUGAGAACACAGGGCCCGCCGCCACAGGGCCCGCCGCCACAAGGCCCGCCGCCACAGGCCCAGCAGCCGAGGCCGCAGCCCAAGCUGGAACUGGAAGACUUCCCGAGCCUGACUAAGUUGGGCUCGGGACGCGUGCCACCACAGCGCAUGAAGCUGCAGGCCAAGGCUCGGGGGAACACGAGGGUGGAGGAGAGAGAGGAUGAAGAGGAGGCGUUCCCGAGCCUGCAGUCGCUCCGCAAGGGAUUGCUGCCGACCCCGGACCCACAGAAACGGCCACCCAAGCUGGAGGAGAGGACGGCCGGCAUCGCCGAGGACCGCGCGAGCGCCAAGGCGGUCAGGACUGGCCCGAUCGGCUCGGCGCCGGUGCGGGAGACGGCCAGGUCACAGACGCAAGCGGAGCCACAGAAACCACAGCUGAAGCCGGUGACCUUGAGCCGAGAAGACGAGCCCAGCACCCUGGCAUCGCUUGGGAAGGCGCUGGUCUCCAGGGCGCUGGCACCAACGCAAGCGCAGCAACAGCAGGAGGCUCGCAAGACCCCCCAGCCCAGUUCUUCCCAUGAGGAGCGUCCCUAUCUCUCAGGGGUCCAGAUUGGGUCCCGUCCACAAGCGCCGCUGGACGAGGACUUUCCGAGCCUGCCGACGCUGAUCCGGACAGAGCAUCGCACCGGCGGGGGCUUGCCCGGCGGCGGGAGCGGCGGCGGUGGCGGCGCAGCCCGGCAGUCCACGGUGGCCGCACGGGCGUUCAAGGAGGACGAUUUCCCAGUGCUCAUUGGGAAGGGCCCGACGCGGCCAGGUCUGGUGGGGGGGCGCCAGCAGCAGCGCGGCACAGGCGGCGCCUCCGCGUGGGGCAGCUCUGGUGUUACCGCGGCCGCCCCGGUUCCUCCGGCACCAUCGGACCAAACGUUAAAGUUGGAGCCGCCGAGCUUUCCCACUUCUUCUUCCGGCGCCGCCGCCGCCGCGGCAAACGUGGCCGCAAGCGCAAAAGGGGAGAAGAGCAGCAAAGUAGCCGCUCGCAAGAACCGGAGCGCGGCAAUCGCGGUGAUGAAGGGCCUGGACCGCGAUGACGACGACGAGGAGGACGCCAGCCCCGCUGUGACCUCGCUGGAGUUCCGAUCGGCGCCCACGCUUUUCGACCUCUCGUCGCUACUCGCCGCACCCAAGGUUUCGGGCAAGGGCGGCGGGAAAAAGCAACUGGGCGGGGAGCGGGCGGAUGAGAAGAGGGCCGCGACCACGACCGCGGCGGCUCCGGUGAGAGCAGCCACCGUCGGCGAAGCUAAAGCGGUCGCGCCCGAGGCCCAGUCCGCCGCGGACGAGGCGUCGCGAGCAAAGGCCAAGCGGAAGAAGGGCAAGGGGAAGGCCGGGGCGAGUACGGCGGCGGACGAGGAAGGGGCGGCUGGAAGCGAGAGGCGGAAGGUGGGAGCGGACGAUCCGAAGGGCGCCAGCGGGGGGGCCGCGGAGGAGGCGGGCAGGAGCAGUGGCUCGGAGAGCGAAUGCUGGUGGGACAAGGAGUGGGAAGAGGCAGCCUCCAGCGCUAACCAGACGAACGGCACCGAGCGGCAAACCCUGGCUAACGGCGUCCCUCGACCACCCCCGGGCCUGGCCGCCCCUCCUGGCCCGCCGUCCCUGCUGCUGCCGGUGCAAGCAGUCAGUGGUUUCCUGAGCCUUGAAGAUGACUUUCCGGCGCUGACUGCGCCUGCUGUGCCCCGCAAGCCACCGCCCGGUUUCGUUAAGUCUGGCCCUGUCGCCACCGCUGCCGCUGUGGUGAAGCAGCCCCCGCCCGGCCUGGGGGGACCAACCACGGCUCCCCCAGGCUUUGGGGGGUCCCCAACGAGCAUCGCCCCCCCGGGCCUGGCCGCAGUGGUGGCCGUGGCCGUGCCGAAAGGGGCCCCUCCCGGGCUGGUGGCCGUGCCGGCCGCACUCGGCGACUGCAGAGAGGGGGAGGUAGCGGGAGGUGACGGCGCCGGCACUGGCUACAUAGCCCCGGAAAACUUUGUGCAGCGAAACCGCUCCCUGAUCGAUCGCGUGCGCGGGAUCCUGGGAGAGGACGAAGCCAAGUUCACCGACUUCAAGAAGCUCUCGGGCCAGUUCCGCCAGGGCUCGCUGUCAGCGAUAGACUACCACGCGCGCUGUGAGGCCCUGCUGGGCCCCGUAGGCCUCGGCAUCGUGCUGCCGGAGCUGCUGGUGCUGCUGCCCGACACGGAGAGGCAGCGGCAGCUCUUGGACGCCCAUGGGCAGAGGCGGCGGCGACAGCAGCAACCAGGCACAGGUGCAGUAGGGGCGACGCGGAAGAAGAAGGGGCAGGGGGCAAAAGUCGCGGACUCCGGGAGUGAGCUUGACUGCCGCUGCUGCCCGUCCUGCCAACAGAUCGUCGGCCCUGCGGACUGGUCUUGGCACACGGCAAGGCACGGAGGGGAGGACGAGUUCCCAGCACUGCCAUCGGCUGCUCGCUCAACCCUCUAACUGUUUGUCACUUAACCCGGGCCCCUCCAGCCCCACCGGCCAUCCCAUGUGGCUGCCCGUGCCAACGUUGCUGCGGGGACAGCCCUACAAUCGCGAACUGUACUGGAGUUGCUGGUGGAGGUGCUGUCACGGUAACCCCACGUCUCCACCCCCACAGUGUGCAGUUCCAUUAUAUUAAUUGGAGAAAGGGACAGGAAAAAAUUAUAAUGCUGAAACGGUAAUUUGUUGCGAAGGCAGCAGUGCUCUUAUUUAUGCGCUCAAGGUAAAUAAAUAUAUUGGGAGAGCGAGGAAGGCCGAGCGAUAACGUCAGGUAGAGGCACGAGGUGGCGACUGCAGAGGGGGCCGAGUUGGAGGGGCGGUCGCAUGUUUCCACGAAUGUUGCCAAUUAAGAUGCCUCGUUACAAGCCAAUAAGCCAGCGACACAAUGCGACAGAAGUACAAAGCUCAGAGUUUAGCUUGCUGAGAAUUGCCACGGAAACGUACGUUAAAACAAAAACGGCAGAUUCAAUUUCUGUUAUUUAUUGUGCCCGACAAGAGGGUGCAACGUGGUGGUGUUACAGGCACUCCUGCACUUCAACAGAGCUUCAAGUAGCAGUGCAAGGACGCCUUUAUCAAGCAGCACUUCCCUGCUCCCCAUGGUGCCUCGCAGCGAUGAGGCAUCUCCGUGAGGGAUACACCCUCAAGACGUAGAUGUUACCACCGGCAGUGUAGUUGCUUACUUGAACAGGCUUUGGGGGGAGGGGUGGGGUGGCUGGCUCGUCUGAACAAGAGUCGGACAGUCAGACUCGCCUUACUGCUGCCCCGCUCAUGCCUUUGUCGUGAAUUUCUCCCAAAGUCAUUACCCGACUCACCCAUGUUAUUUGGUGAGAAAAGAAUGGAAUUCUUUAUUUUACGUUUAUUUCUUUUGAGAUGCCACAUCCUCUGCCAGGUGAGAAUUUACAUCCUGCUGGGACGAGAGGCAAGGGUCAGGGUUCAAUGAUUAAGAGGUGAUGUCAGGAGUACGUAAACACAGGGUGUUUAAAUUAAUGGCUUACUAUUUAAGAACAGCAUAAAAAAUAAGGCCAUUGACUAAAACCCCCCAAAAAAUUUAUUCUUCAAUAAAUAAAAGACAUGACAAAAUAUUGGUUCUGAGUUAAAAUUGUUUUUUUUCCUGCAAACCUGCAAAAUAAAAUCCGGUUUGUCCCAU